UUGCUAAUACAAGUUUGUUUUUCACAUUCUAUCCUUUAUAAAUUAAUAUAUCAAUUCCUGCGUAACUUAGUGCGAUUAUUAUUUAAUAUCAUCAACCAUUACAUUAGUAAUGCAGGGAUUAUUUUUUUCUUAUACAGCCAACCAACAGCUGCAUAAGUUAUUCAGAGAUUAUUUUCCUAAUCUUCCACCCAAACACUAUUAUUUAUAUGGAACUUUAUGUUGGCAGUAUAUUUCGUAAUCCCUCCAACCAAAUGGCCUGUAAGUAGUACUUUAUUUCGUUUUCUAGAUGUAUCAAGGAAGGGGAAAAAUCAUGAAUGUGGACCAAGAAAUGCAAAUCUCAGGGAUGUGAGCAGUAGUAAUGUUGUGAAGGAGCAUGUUAUCAAUGAAGAAACAGCUUAUCGUCUUAUGGCAAAGUUUUUCUGUCAAUCCGGUACACCUCCAAAGUCAGUAGAUGAUGUUGCUUUCAAACAAUUAAUUGCCUGUCUUAAUCCAAAAUUCCGUCCUUCAUCUGCCAUUCUCUCACGGUAUUGCUUGAAAUUGUAUGAGGAAGAGAAAGCAAAAGUUAAAGAAUUUUUGAGAAGCUUGAAUGGACGAGUUAGCGUCUCAGUUGAGAGGCUAGCAUAUUAUAAAUUCAUUAACUUUGGCCACUGGACUACCUCAGAUUUUGGGGAAAGUUGUCGUGAUUUCAUUUGCUUAAGAGUUCAUUUCAUUGAUGAAGACUGGAAGCUAAGAAGUUGGGUUAGUUUUAGGUCUCUUAAUGCGUAUGGCGAUUAUGUUGGCGAGACGAUUCAGUGUCUUUCAGAUUUUGGUAUUGAAGAUAAAAUAUGUGCUGUCACUGUGCAUAGCUGUCUGGACUUUGAUGAGAUUGUUGAUGUCAUUAAAAAUAAACUUGUUGAAAAGAAAAGACUCCAGCUAGAUGGACAAUUGUUUCGUGUAUCUUGUUAUGCAGACAUGUUUAGUUCAAUGGUGAAAAAAGCAUUUGGGAUGAUAGAGGAUUUAAUCAGUGACAUUCGCCUCAUAGUAUGUUGGGGUAAAUCACUACCAGUGUGGAAUUUAACAUUUCUUAAACUACAGGAAGCAUUGGAGUUAGAGGCUAAAGGAGAAUACUUGAAAGAAGAUGAUUAUAAGGAUUAUGAUAUACCUUCUUCCCAAGAGUGGGAGAAAGUUAAGGGAGUAUGCAAACUUGUUGGACAUGUCUAUACUGCAACACAAGUGUUAUUUAUGGAAAAACGUCCCACUGCAGGCCUCUACUUCCACAAUCUUAAUAAGCUUCGAUUUAAUCUGAUGAAAGAUUCCGUGAGUUCAGAUGAAUUUGCUAGAAAUUUAGCCAAUAUUAUGCUGGAACAGUUUGACAAGUAUUGGAAGAAUAGGUAUUUGGUGUUGGCUCUAGCUACUAUUAUGGAUCCACGCUACAAAGUGAAGUACUUAGAGUUCUGUUUCUUGAAGUAUGAAGGUAAUGAUCAUUCACCGCUACCAUCUAUUUUGGAGGCCAUCCAAAGCCUUCUCGAUGACUAUGUGGUGCACAGGUCCUCAAUGGAGUAUCUUAUGAGCUAUUCAGGUUCUGACGAUUCUGAUACGGGUGAAGAUCUCCUUGAACCAAUGGAAAUUCUUCAUGAUCCUAGUUUUGGAUUUGACUGUUCAGAUGAGUUUAGCAAAUUUAUCGAAACAACUAGUCAGCCAUCAAAGUCAGAACUUGACUGCUAUCUGGAAGAACCUAUUGUGCCUUGGACCAAGAACUUUGGUGUGUUGAGUUGGUGGAAAGCUGCAAGUCCCCGAUAUCCUGUCCUGUCAAAUUUCGCUCGUGAUCUUUUGUCAAAACAACUGUCUCUUGUUACAGGCUAUGAUGGUUAUUACACUGAUUUGCGUGAACCUAAUAGAGAUAUGACAUCCGUGGUGUCAGAUUUAGUGAAUGCCUUGAUGUCUACUAAAAGCUGGUUUGAUAAACAGCGUCGCAAUGCGAUGAAACCUGAGGUGCAGAAUAAUUGAUUUUGAGAGUAACUUUUUCUUUUUGCUGGAAGUUUGAGAUUCUAAGAAGCCAUCAUCAGGAUCACCAAUAGCCAGAAGCUUUUAUGGAUAAUGGGAUGUACAUAUAUAUAUUAGAAACUACCUAGUCUACUGUGAUCCUGCUAUGCUACCUACUCAUACUAUGUUAUCCUAGCGUAGCUACUUCUUUUGGCUGUUUACUUCUUUACCAGGAUAUUUAAAUAGCCAUAGAAUCUUUGUUUCUCCAAACGUUGAGUGAGUAGUAUUCAUAUGGAGAAUAUCCGAUAAUCUGAAGGAUAAAUAUGAACUUAUCUUCCUCUAGUGGCUGGCUUAGGUUAAUGUUUAUCUUAAACUUCUGAAAUUCUGUUGGAUUUCAUGACUGAAGCUGCUUACUCACUGCUAUGGGCAAAAAUGUCCUA